UUGUGUUAAUUUUAAGUAUUUAUUCAGUGUGUUGGAAACAAUAGUCUGAAUAAUAAAAACAACCAACGACAUUAUUUCGCUUCUUGAGUCCAGUAAGCAAACAUGAAAGAAAAAAGCGCUUGAACUCAAAAUUAAUCAGGUGGCAAAAUGGUUAUUAUAAGCAAACCGCUAUUUUACGAUAAACUUGAGCUUGCAAUAUCGUGCCGGGAGUUAGUUCAUCCAGAUGUUGGCAGUUGUACGAAAGCGAAUCUCAAACUUUGUUCGGAGGAUUUUUUAAAAGGAGUGUUUUAUUUCUAUUUACCCAUUCAUUUGUUGCAAGUUAUUCUCGAUUAUAGAAAAAUCAAGCGCAAGCAUUUUCUCAAAAAUCUGCUACAGAACGUCCUAAGGUCUGAAUGUUUCGGUGUCAGUUUUGGGGCACUGAUAAUUGCCACAAUCUGUCUACAACGUCAUUUUACAGAACGGUUCCAUUAUUAUUCUCUAUUAUUACUGCCAGGUGUAGUGGCAGGAAUUUCUCUACGAUGGGAACACCCUAGAAAUCGGCAGUUAAAUACGAUUCUUUGGGCCAGUUUGGUUGUUGAGGCGUUAUUCAAAAAUUCUUACUAUUUCAAAAUAUUCAGUUAUUCUCCGGUAAAAGAAACGCUUAUUUUUAUGAUUUUUAGUUCUCUUUUGAUGCAUUUAUUUGUAAACAGGGAUAAGAAACACAUUCCGUUCAAUCUUUGGUUUUAUAAACCAUCCCACCCAAAAAAAUUCAAAUUCACGUUGUGGAAUUAUUUUAUCGAAAUUUCAAAGUAUUUCGGAUUCGGCUAUGGAUUAAAUAGUGUUAGGUGCGUCUUAAAAGACGCCAAAAUGGUGUUUAAAAACCCUCUGCAAUUUGUUAGAAAAACGAUCUUUAACAGAAGUAAUGUUAAAUUUGGAAUAAUUAUUGGUGCUUACGUUGGUUUAUUUAGGGGGGUUUCAGUUUUACUUCAGAAAUAUACGGACUUUGAAAGAGCAAAUGCUGCAAUUGCAGGACUUGUAGCAGGAUUAUCUUACUAUAUUCAGCCAAAUAUGACCGUUUUGACCACCGCUAUUGUAACUGUUUUUCAAAUAUUAUGUCAGCAAAUUGCAACCAAACCAAAGUUUCGAAAAAUUCCGUUUGCUGAAUUAAUUUUUAUGUUUUGUAAUGGGAUUCUUUUCUUCAAUAGAAUUGUAGCUCCAGUUACUUGCCCAAAAUAUUACAUGAAUAUGCUUCGAAUUACUGGAAAUGGAGAACUGGAAAAAAUCUACGUUAGACUAGUGAACAAGUAUUUGCCAUAAAAUCAAAUAGCUAAUUAGUUAAUUUUUGUUUACUUUUUUAACACUAAUAAACCUCUAACAUAAAUUUGAAA